CGAUCGCUUCUACUUCCUGCGUUAGGCGCCAUUUUCGGCGUUGAGGUUGAAUAACAGCAUGCUGUCGUCAACCAGAUAAUAAGAAUUUAAGAGAUUACAAUUUGCUUUUCAGUACUCGUUGCAAGCAUGGGGAGAAAGAAGAAGAAGCAAAUGAAGCCUUGGUGCUGGUAUUGCAAUCGAGAUUUUGACGAUGAAAAAAUCCUCAUUCAACACCAAAAGGCAAAGCAUUUCAAAUGUCACAUUUGCCACAAGAAGUUGUACACUGGUCCAGGCCUGGCCAUUCACUGCAUGCAGGUACACAAAGAGACUAUUGACAGUGUGCCAAAUGCGAUUCCCGGACGAACGGAUAUUGAGCUGGAAAUCUAUGGCAUGGAGGGGAUCCCUGACAAAGACAUGCAAGAGAGGAGACGGACAUUAGAACAGAAAUCUCAAGAUGGCAAAAAGAAAAACCCAGAUGACUCGGAUGAAGAUGACGACGACGAUGAACCUGGUCCAUCGGUACCGCAGGUGGCCGGAGUGCCACCUCAGUCAGGCUAUGCUGCACCCAUGGCUCAGCCAGGAAUUCCACCUGUUGCUGGGGGACCCGGGAUGCCUCCCGGUGGAUAUCAAGGAAUGCCUCCAAUGAUGCCAGGUGUUCCACCCAUGAUGCAUGGAAUGCCUCCCAUGCACGGCAUGCCUCCAGGGAUGAUGCCAAUGGGUGGGAUGAUGCCUCCCAUGAUGCCAGGCAUGCCUGGUAUGCCACCAGGGAUGCCUCCACACAUGGCUCCGAGGCCAGGGAUGCCCCACAUGACUCCCGCCCCCGCAGCAGGAGUCAUACCCAGUCGACCAACGGUACCAGCGGCCCAGCCUGCUGUCACCAAGCCUCUUUUCCCCAGUGCAGCACAGAUGGGCACAGCAGCUGUUUCCUCUCCACCUGCAGACCAUCAGUCUGCCUCCUCUCAGCCGCCCUUUCCUAACACCCCACAAGCCCAGCAAAGCGCUUCAGGAGCCGCCGCAGCAAAUCCCCACAGCGCCACCGCGGCCUCCUCCGACCCACCCAAAGCAACAUUCCCUGCAUAUACCCAACCCUCUGUCUCUUCCUCCGCUUCCACUUCCUCCUCUAACCCCUCUAGCAGCACUGUGGCCAAAGCCCCGGCCACAGUGCCCACUAAACCUGCCACCCUCUCCGCCACGAGUGCAACUAGUAAGUUGAUCCACCCUGAUGAGGAUAUCUCGCUGGAGGAACUGAGGGCCCAGUUGCCCCGUUACCAGCGUCUCUUAGCCAGGACGGCUCAGGCCCAUGCGGCUGCUCCCCCAGUGGCAGCUGUCGGCGGCAUGAUGGCCCCGCAGCAAGGCCUGCCACCGCAGCAGCCUGGCAUGAGGCAUCCCAUGCAUGGUCAGUACGGUGCCCCCCCACAGGGCAUGCCAAGCUACAUGCCUGGAGGGAUGCCUCCAUUCGGGCAGGGUCCUCCUCUGGUGCCCUCUUACCAGGGAGGCCCUCCCAUGGGCAUGAGGCCUCCUGUCAUGUCUCCCGCUGGGCGCUACUGAAGCGGCAAAGCAUCCCCCACAUUAGGUUUGAGGUUCAUACCUUUCUCUCAUCCUUGUACAUUUUCAGACCUAAGAGCAGUAAAGCCCGCAGUGGCGAAGACUUAAUUGUUGUUGGCAACACAUGGACAUUUCAUGUAACUACACAAGUUCCAGACUGCUUCAAUUUCUUUAUUUGAUCACUUGUGAAGAUAAAAACUCUUUCCCCUCGUAGGUUUCACUCAGGUUCUUAGGGGUGAAGUGUGUUAAAGUCAUUCAUAUUUCUGUUGAAGCUGCUGGACUUACAUGAACGUACCAACCCCUUACAAA